UUAACUAGGGUUUUGUUAGAAGCAACCGGCGAAUAGAAUUAGAAAAGAUAAAUAAAUUUGAUGUGCACGAAAGAAGGAACUAUUGAAGUUGCAGAGAAAUCCAAAGCACGAAAAUGACGACCAUUUGGAAAACAAACACAGCUAAAACCGCAGUGCGUUAUUUUGGACAGUACUUGACAUCCAGUAGCCGCAUUCCUUCACAUUUCUCUUCCGUUCGCUAUUUUCGCCCAGGUCGUGAUCCUAUCUCGAGGAGUUAUGAGAUUAUUCCGCCGGUGAAUUGGGGGAUUCGAAUUGUGCCGGAGAAGAAGGCGUUUGUGAUUGAGCGAUUCGGAAAGUACGUUAAGACUCUUCCCUCCGGAAUCCAUUUUUUGAUACCUUUUGUUGAUCGUAUUGCUUAUGUACAUUCGCUUAAGGAGGAGGCCAUUAACAUUCCCGAUCAGUCUGCAAUUACCAAAGAUAAUGUUACCAUCCUUAUUGAUGGUGUGCUUUAUGUCAAGAUUGUGGAUCCUAAGCUGGCUUCGUAUGGAGUGGAGAAUCCGAUUUACGCUGUCAUUCAGCUGGCGCAAACAACAAUGCGUAGCGAGCUUGGUAAGAUUACUCUUGACAAGACCUUUGAGGAAAGGGACACGCUCAAUGAAAAGAUUGUGGAGGCCAUUAAUGUGGCUGCAAAAAGUUGGGGUCUGGAGUGUCUUCGAUAUGAAAUAAGGGAUAUCUCUCCUCCACGUGGAGUGAGAGCAGCUAUGGAGAUGCAAGCUGAAGCAGAACGGAAAAAGAGAGCUCAAAUUCUUGAGUCUGAAGGAGAAAGACAAUCGAACAUAAACAUUGCUGAUGGAAAGAAGAGUGCAGUAAUCUUAGCAUCAGAAGCUGCAAAGAUGGAUCAAGUUAACAGAGCUCAAGGUGAGGCCGAAGCCAUCCUUGCUAAAGCAAAAGCAACAGCUGAGGGACUGGUUCUUGUGUCAAAAUCUCUAAAAGAAAAUGGAGGACCAGAGGCAGCAAGUCUAAGGAUUGCUGAGCAAUAUAUUCAAGCUUUCAGUAACAUAGCCAAGGAGGGCACAACAAUGUUGCUUCCUAGCUCUGCGUCCAACCCUGCUAACAUGAUGGCUCAAGCCCUUACUAUGUAUAAAAGCUUGCUUGGUAAUGUUUCCAGUGAUAAGCAUAGUGGAACCACACCCCCUUCAAUAGCCGGACAAAUAGAAGCAAAUGAUUCCUCUGGUGAGGUUGAAAAUGAGAGCUCGACAACUGCUACUACAACUGAUGCAAUCCCAAACUACAAUGGAAAAUCUGGAUUUUCUCUUCAAAGCCCACCAAAAAGGGAUUAGUCUUCGAUUUUGCAAAAUUUUCCAUUUUGAUGAAUUCAUUUGUUUUGAAGUCUAUGGAUGUUGCCGUGAAAAUUGAGUUUGAACUUACGAGAGAGGAAAGUAGAGAGUUUGGUUGGGCUUACAUUGGUUGUUACUAUACCCAUAAUUUAUGACUAGACAACGUAUCUUUCUUCCUGACAAUUUUGGGGAGGAAACAAUAUGAAGAAAAGAAAUGAGUUAUUCUGUCUUCUCAUAUGUAUUUUCCUACUAGUGCUUUCUUCGUUUGAAUUUGGAUGAAAAUUUUAAAAAGGGGGUGAUGAUUAAG